AUGGGUCUACUCUACGCCGUCAUUGGGGUACUUUGGGCUCGAAGUUGUCGCAGUAAAGUCCGAUUAGACAACAAGGUCACCAUCAUUACAGGAGGAAACACUGGUAUUGGCAAGGAAACUGCGAUCGAUUUCGCUAAAAGAGGGGCUAGAGUUAUUCUCGCAUGUAGGAACGAAACAAAAGGUGAAAGUGCCGCUCAAGACAUUCGUCAAGCCACUGGCAAUGACAACGUUGUGUUCAAACAUUUAGAUUUGGCAUCGUUUAAGUCUAUUCGAAGUUUUGCUGAAGAUAUUAAUAAAAAUGAGAAAAGUCUGGAUAUUUUAGUUAAUAAUGCCGGUGUAGCAUGUGAAAGGCAAUUAACCGAAGAUGGUUUAGAAAUGAUUAUGGGUGUCAAUCAUUUCGGUCAUUUUUUGUUAACCAAUCUAGUAUUGGAUAAAAUUAAAGAAAGUAAAAAUAGUCGUAUUGUAGUCGUGGCGUCUUGGGGCCACUCACUCAUACGAUCCAUUAAUUUUGAUGAUAUUCAAAAUGAGAAAGAUUUUAAUUACCUCAACGUCUACUGUCAAAGCAAGUUGGCUAAUGUCUAUUUCACUCGAGAGCUUGCCAAAAGACUCGAAGGACAUGGUAUCCUUGUCAAUACAUUACAUCCAGGGUCGGUGAGAACUGAAAUUUUUAGACAUAUGAAUCCAUGCACCAAGCUAGUUGGAUAUCCAGUGGCCUUGAUGUUUUUUAAAUCAGCCAAACAAGGCGCUCAAACAACCAUUCAACUUGCUGUUUCUGAGGAAAUUAAUGGCAUGACUGGCCUAUAUUUUGAAAAUUGUAGACCGGUACAGAUGAAGCCUCAUGCUCUUGAUGACGAAGCAGCCAAAAGAUUAUGGAAAUUAAGUGAAGAAAUGACUGGUUUAGCACCACCACAAUCACUGUAA